CACUUUUGAAUUGUUUCCGUCACUACUGUUUGAGAUUAAUUCUCAGUUGUUAGUAAUCGUUGAUAGUAAAACGGAAACAGCGUAGCUUACAAUAUUUUUGAACAGCAUCAACCACAUACUCUUGCUGCAGACCGAUAUUUUGAAGAUUAUGCUAUAAGACCUGAUUGAUAUCGAAAGGUUCUCUCUUAGAAAAUAACAGAUCAUAUGACGUGCAAAGAGACGGUGACUACUAUACGAGUUCUAUUGAACGUAAAUUAAAAGAAAAGUUUUUCGAUUAUACAUACAUGUGAUUAUUUGAAUUCCAAACAGAAGAAGGGUAAACACAUAUCUACGUUCACAUAUUCUCUAAACCGGUAUACAUUGUGAAAGUCAACAUGCAGAUUAAUUUGACUCAGACACUUUCAAAUCCAUCAGUUUGAAAAAUGCACUAAAAUAGCAGUCAGCCACCAUCUCUUUGCACAUUGUAUGAUCUGUUAUUUUCUAAGUCAAGAAAUAUGACUAAAGCUGAAAUAUCCGAAACAGGCCGUGGUAAACCAGCAGCUCAAUUUGAAGGAUGUAGUUAUAAAAUUGAACCUCGUCAAAAAGAAUUGAUCUCGUGGAAAUGUCGGGAAUAUGGUUGUCUUGGUCAUCUUAACACUCUUAAAGAUUAUACAAAACCAGACUUGAGUAAGUAA